CAGCAGCUGCACUCGUGGGAUCUUUUUUAGCAAAACAUUUAGUUUAAAGAUCCAAAAAACAAACUAUCAGGAGCUUCUUUAGCUGAAUUAAUAAUCUAUACUCAGGGUAAAGAUGGCGGGAGACGCUGUGAAACUCUCUAAAAACCUGAUGCGCAUGAAGUUCAUGCAGAGAGGUUUGGACGCUGAGACGAAGAAACAGCUGGAAGAAGAUGAGAAGAGGAUAAUAAGUGAUGAACAUUGGUAUCUGGAUCUGCCGGAGCUCAAAGCUAAAGAGAACCUCAUCAUAGAAGAGAAGAGUUUUGUCCCAUGUGAGGAUCUGUACUACGGCCGCAUGUCGGUCAAAGGUUUUAAUCCAGAAGUCGAGAAACUGAUGGCUCUGAUGAAUCCGAAGGAGGAAGUGGAGAAAGAAGAGGAAGAAGAUCUCCGCCGAAUGCAAACAGACGUCACAGAUGAAGAAAUGGCACUGAGGUACGAGAGUUUAGUAGGAAGCAUGAAGAAGAAGUUUGCAAAGAAGCGAGAGCGAGCGGCCAUCGUAGAAGAAGUAGAAGAAGACAUGAACCAGAACGUCGUGGAAACAAACCCAAAGAGAGUUUUUCUGAAGCCUCAGGACUGAAACCACAGACUCAACUAAUCUGUACUUUUUAUGUAAAUGAUUUUUUUUUAAAACAACUGUGUGCAUGAACAUGUUUAUGUAUAUAUAUAUAUUUAGAGAGAGAGAGCAUCAGUGAUUGUGACGAGCAGAAUGAGCAUUUUAAAAGAUGAAUGGGUGUUAUACAUCCUGGGUUUUUUGGGUUAGUAUUUAGUUGGUUUUUUUUAAACGAUGUGUUUCUCUGAGAUGCUGAGAAACAUCUGGUGUGAUUUUACAGUGUGUGCUGCUGGAGGACUUCCAUUAAAAGCUAAGCACAGUG